AUGACAUUUGUUUCAUUUCUUCACGAUAAUUUUGUGCCCCAUAUUCCCAAACCCUCCACUUCCAACGACGCCACGGAUUCAGGGGUGGUUCAGCUCGUGCCCAGUGGCCAAGAACAGUUGCAAGGUGACAAGGAGAAGGAUACCGGUUCGGUUUAUAGUGGAAUUACCAGUUCUACGGCUGACUCUGGCAAUGCUUUACAUCGGUCUUUGAGAGGCAGACAUGUCCAAUUAUUAGGAAUUGGUGCCACAAUUGGCCUGGCGUUGUUCGUAGCCAUCGGUAAGGCGUUAGCAAAAGGUGGACCUUUGAAUUUGUUCUUGGCGUUCGUGGUCUGGUCAAUUCCCAUCUUGUGUAUUACCAUGUCUACGGCUGAAAUGGUGACAUAUUUACCCAUUACUUCUCCCUUUGUGAGAUUGGCGGGCCGGUGUUGUGACGAAGCACUUGAAAUCACCACCGCUUGGAAUUUCUGGUUCUUGUGUUGUGCCCAAAUUCCAUUCGAAGUGGUAACAGUCAACUCUAUUAUCCAUUUUUGGCGUGAUGACUACUCGGCUGCAAUCCCGCUAGCCAUCCAGAUGGCGUUGUACUUUCUUAUAAAUGUCUUUGGCGUGGCUAUCUAUGGAGAAACCGAAUUCUGGCUCUCGUUGGGAAAAGUUAUUUUGGCAACUGGUUUGAUAAUUUUCACCUUUGUCACCAUGGUAGGUGGAAACCCGCAACACGAUGCGUUUGGGUUCCGCUACUGGAAAAACCCCGGCCCCAUGAAUGAAUGGAUUGCUACUGGAGAUCUUGGUCGAUUUGAAGGAUUUCUCGCAUGUUUAAUCCAAGCCUGUUUUACGUUUGCCGGUCCCGAGUAUAUUGCUACGGUUGCAUCUGAAACCAUUAAUCCUCGCAAAACGUUACCCUCGGCCUUCAAGCAGGUUUUCAUCAGAUUAUCCAUCUUUUUUAUUGGAGGUUCUCUCUGUGUAGGAGUUUUAAUUCCUUAUAACGAUCCUCAAUUGGUGAGCACCAUGGGUGGAAGUGCCCCAGGAGCUGGAGGUUCGCCUUACGUUAUUGCCAUGAGCAACUUGAAAAUCAAGGUCCUUCCUCAUAUCAUGAACGGAUUGUUGGUUACAGCAGCUUUUUCUGCUGGUAAUUCGUAUACUUAUUGCUCAUCAAGAACAUUAUAUGGUGUGGCCCUUGAUGGAUAUGCACCCAAAAUUUUGACAGCUACCACGAAAACAGGUAUCCCUAUGUACUGUGUCAUCAUCUCUCUCUUGUGGGCAUUGCUUUCUUUCUUGCAAUUGGGAGAGCUGUCCAAGGUUGUUCUUGACUGGAUUAUCAAUAUCAUCACUUCGUGUCAAUUGAUGAACUUUACGAUUCUUUGUGUUGUCUACGUUUCUUUCUACAGAGCAUUACAAGCUCAGGGCAUUGACAGAGAUACACUUCCGUUCAAAACCGUGGUACCAACCUUGGCUUGGAAUCUUUGGUGGGAGUAUCAGCAUUUGUAA